CUCAACAGAUCCUUCUAAUGAAUUUGACUUGUCUACUUACGUGAUCAGAUACAAAAUUCGGUUCGUGUCUCUUCAGGCCUAUUACACCUUCUUCUUGCUCUGCACGAAGGAUGUGUCUCUGACCCUUGCUCAGCUCUCCAGGAUUCAACAGCUGAACAAUCCUUAGAGAAGAUUUAGGAUUAAUCUUCUCAUGCAAAUCUCUCACAGAUGUGUGUGUUUCGAUCAGGCCUUGUUCGUGAUCUCUCUCUUGAAGAUGUAUGAAUAUUAAUCUGCACAACCACGUCUCUCAUCCAUGGAUGUCUCUUUAUAUAUUACUCACAUAACCUUAGUGGAGUUAAUCUGGAACUCUGUGGUGAUAAGCUUGAGUACCAAACAAUCCUAGUGCAUCAUGAUUUCUUUCGUAGGAUGCAUCUGCUACUCCUCACGUGGCCAGAAGAUACCCAAUUAAUGUAAAUCCUCUUGAUACUGGACUCCUCACAAAACCCAAGUGAUAUAAGUCCCAAAGAUUAAGAGUCCUUGUCGUAUAAUAAUCCUAGAACAUGAAAACCUUGACAAGGAUGACUGACAGGAUAAUACAACUUCUGACACAAUAAACAUGCUAACAAAUCUACGGAAAAAGGUUUUUGUCAAAAAAUUAUGCCAACAUAAAUUACAACAGCACGAACUAUUUGGAGCUAACAGCCCCCUCACACAAGGCCCAAAUAAUGGGCGUGAAACGGCUUGAUGUGGCCAGUGAUGGUGCCGGAUAACGCCCACACACCGCCCCUCGGGGCGCCAUCCGAAUAAAAAACGGAGAAAGCACUUUAUUCUAAAUUCUCUGUGCCUUUCUCUGAGCAAAUUUGCCUUUAUUUUUUGAAAGCGCCCAAGACACUCGAUAAAUGACUUCUCAGUGGGCUAUAAAUACCCCUCCAUUACCAAUCUCUCCUCAUGCUUCAAGCAUACUUAUUACAGAGUGAGUGAGUGACAGAGUAGCUGAAAAUCAAUAGUAGACUCCAUUAUUUAAAGAAACAGAGAGAGUGAGAUGGCUUGUUUCCCCAUUAUUAACUUGGAGAAGCUUAACACUGAAGAAAGGGCUGCCACUAUGGCACAAAUUAAAGAUGCUUGUGAAAACUGGGGAUUCUUUGAGGUGGUGGAUCAUGGGAUAUCAGUUGAGCUGUUGGACAGAGUGGAGAAGUUGACAAAAGAGCACUACAAGAAGAGUAUGGAGGAAAGGUUCAAGGAAAUGGUGGCCUCAAGGGGACUUGAUGCUGUUCAGAAUGAGAUCAAUGAUCUUGACUGGGAGUCAACCUUCUUCUUGAAGCAUCUCCCUUCCUCUAACAUCUCCCAAGUCCCAGACCUUGAAGAUGACUACAGGUCAUUUCAUAAGUCUCUAAAGAUUUAAUAUGCAAAGAAUUUACUCUGUAUUUCAAUAUAUUUUCAAUACUUUCUUAAUGGUACUCAAGAACCUUAAGGGAGUAAAUUAAUUUGGGACAAAAAAGGGAGUAAUAAUAACCUCAAACAAAAGUUACUGUUCUCU